AUGUAUCGCCAGAGGUUUUUGUCGGCUAAAGAACUAGAAGAUUUGUUAAUGAAUCCAAGUUCAGACGAAGAUGAUGAAUUUAACCAGAAAGUAGAUAAAGCUAUUGAAACAAACGUGAUUAUUUUGCCUCCAAAAAAUGAUGCUUUGAGUGACCAUGAAGAAAUUGAUGAUAACGUCCAAUUAUUGGAAGACGUGAACAUAUUGCCAAAUGAACUAGCCGGUGAAUUAGAGCUGGAAGGCAUAUUAGACGAUCUACAAUGUGAACCAAAUGAUUCGGAAAAUGCAUCAACAUCACAAAAUAUUGCAUCAACUUCUAAAAAGGAAUCGACGUCUUUUCAAUAUAAAUUACCAAAGUGGUCAAAGAGCCAUCGAGUUGGCUUUUCAAAUACUCCAAAAGACGCAUCAAGUGAAAAGAUUCAAGCGAUCUAUAACAAAAUAGGCAGUUUCAAUCCUCUUCAAAUUUUCGAAUUAUUUCUUGAUAAUGAGAUUAUCAAUUUCAUUGUUGAAAGCACCAAUACGUAUGCUAAUGCGGAUAGAAAUAAUUUAACAUUCAAGACAAAUUUCAAUGAAAUCCGUACAUUUAUUGGAAUAAUGUAUUUUUCUGGAUUGCAUACAGUUCCACAGUUGGAUUUAUAUUGGUCCAAUCAACCAGUCUUUCGCUGCAAUAUAAUAAAAGAAGCCAUGAGCCGAGAGCGCUUCAAACUUAUCAAAUCGUUCUUACAUGCAUGUGAUAACAGUACAAUUGAUCCCAGCGACAAGUUUGCUAAAGUCUCAACUCUAAACAACAUGCUCAAUAAGAAUUUUAUUCAGUUCGGAGUAUUUUCCCAUCACCUUUCAAUAGACGAACAAAUGAUACCCUACUAUGGACGUCAUUCUGCAAAAAUGUUUAUAAGAGGGAAGCCAAUUCGUUUUGGAUACAAAUAUUGGGACCUGUGUUCUCACGAUGGAUAUUUAUAUCAAUUCAUACCGUAUGGUGGUGCAAGUGCUGAUAAUUCCCCUGGAUUUGGCUUAGGGGAAAAUGUUGUUCUGAGACUUCUUUUUAAUAUCGAUGUUCCAGACCAAUACACAGUUACUUUUGACAAUUUUUUCACGUCGCACAAACUGAUUUAUCGUCUUUCAGAAUUGGGUUACUUCGCAACAGGCACUGUUCGUGAAAAUAGAACUGGUAAAGCAAAGUUGACAGAACCCAAACAAAUGAAGAAACAAAAUAGAGGAACUAUGGAUUUUGCAUUCGACAAGGAAAAUGGAAUUGCCGCUGUUCGUUGGAACGAUAACUCCAUUGUAACAGUUCUUUCAAAUCAUUUGAUGGACCAACCAAUCACUCAAGCAAAACGGUUUGAUCGAAAAAAAAUGAAACACGUCAACAUUCUCAUGCCCAAUGCAAUCCAUAAAUAUAAUUCCACGAUGGGAGGAGUGGACUUGUUUGAUAAUGCUAUCAGCAAUUACCGGAUACGGAUUCGAGGAAAGAAGUGGUACUGGACACUUUUAUCAAAUGCAUUGGAUGCAGCAUUGGUAAAUGCAUGGAAAAUUCAUGGCAUUUGCAAAAAGUUUGCAAAGGAAACACCAAUGUCACAACUUGAAUUUAGGACAUAUGUUGUAGACUCCUUACUGCGAUCAUCAAAUAUUCCGCCAACACAUCAAAGGGAAGGAAAUCCCAACGAAAUGGUUCGAUUUGAUGACACAAAACAUACUAUAAUAAAAAUGGAAAAGCGUCUUCGAUGUCGAAAUUGUUCCAGUCAAACAAUUUUUUGUUGCAAGAAGUGUAAGAUCCCAAUUCAUCCGAAAUGUUUUGAUACAUACCACACAAGGACCCAUUCUUCAUAAUAAUAUGUAUCAUCAUGAAGUUUAAAGCACACAACAACUAAUAAUAUUUCCAAAAAAAAAAAUAUUCAAAAUAAAGCUUUUACCUAAAUUUUAAAACAAAAAACUCGAAAUUUUUUAUUAAUUCUGCUACCCCUUUC